CGUAAAAGUCGCGCACAUUAUCUCUGCAUUGAAUUCAUUAUUGAAUUAAAAAACAAUUUUUUAAUCAUUUGUUUGAAGAAAAGGAAAAACUUUUUUACAAAACGUUUUGAUUUUUCCGCGAAAUUUGGGCCAAAAAUGUGACCAAAAGUCUGCGCGAAAUCUGAGCCGAAAAGCCGUCGAAAAAAUAUUCGUCAAAACACUUCUCUGUUGUUGUGUUUUGUCUCCAAAUUUGCGGACAUUUUCUGCGCAAAACUUCGCCCAAAAAGACGACACAAAACGCGUCUUCGGAAGCGAUGGCCGCCGUCCGCGCCCUCAACGGCAACACCGACUCCGGCAUCGAGUCGGACGCCGAGUGCGAGCCAACGGUUCCGCUGGUCGUCGACUUCGGCUCGUCGGUGAUGACGUCGCGCGAGUCGUCGUCCGCCGCGUCGUCGGUGGCGCCGCCUCUCGACGACUGCUCGCCCCUCACGACGACGACGACGACCGCAGCGAUAGACGCGACGACACCGCCGGCGACCGACGACUCGCUGCCGACACCGCUGUCGUCGGACGUGUCGUCCUCGUCGUCCGCCUCGACGCCCACCAGCGCUGAGCCGACCAGUAGUGGCGUCGAAGACAUUGCGGACGUCGUGUCGGCGACCGACGCGACGACAGACGCGUCGCCGGAGACGACGCACUCGGAGAACAGUUUCCGGUUGUGUUUGGCGUCCGGCGAUUGGCUGACGAUUUCGAUGGAGAAUACGUCGGAAUACGAGACGCAAACUCUGCGCGAGUUCUUCGACGGCGAGACGAAAGGCAAAAGUCCCGAGUCGUAUCGCGAGAUUCGGAACCAUUUUCUCCGCCAUUGGAAUGCAAUGAAACCGAAACGCUUCGGAUAUCACGAGAUGUUGAAGAAAGUCGGACAUUUGCACCUUGGCAACGUCACGGCCUUCUCGCGCGUCCAGAAGUUCUUGGAAUCGCAUAAAGCCAUCAAUUUGUGGACAAAAAGCGAAUUAAAGACGACUUCUCCGCAGAAAUCAAAAGCGACGCCAAAGCGCGCCAUAAAAAGACGCCACGAGUCGCCGGCCACGCCCUUCGCGGGUGGGGGCGAAGGUGGACCGCCGCCGGCGCCCAAAACGCCGCGCACGCGACCGAAUCCCUUCAAAUUGGUUCCGUUGGAGACCUUCGACGCUCCGGAACAGGCGCCGUUCGCCGUCCGGCUGUCGAUGGAGGCGUUGGCCAUCAUCGACAUCCACGCCCACUGCGUGCGCACGGAAGUGAUCGGACUGUUGGGCGGCACCUACUGCGCCCUCUCGCACGAGCUCUUCAUCCUGACGGCCGAGCCGUGCGCUUCUCUCGACGACCACGACCUCCAAUGCGAUAUGGAGCCCGUAUCGCAGGCCAUCGCGAAGGAGCGUUUGGAGCAGAAGUCGUACGCAUGCGUCGGAUGGUAUCACUCGCACCCGACUUUCGUCCCGAACCCCUCCCUCCGCGAUCUCGAGACGCAAACGGCAUUCCAGACGCUCUUCUCGCGCGAGUCCAACGGACAGCCGUUCGUUGCGUUCAUUCUCUCGCCGUACAUGACGUCAUGCGACGCGCCGUCCAAUCGGACGUCGGCUUUGGUCUCGAAAUUCAAGUGCCUCUGGGUUUCCGACAAACACUCGCAACAGGUAUUCGUCGCGCAAAACGCAUUCCUUUCGCUCCCUUUCGCUGACCACAGAUCCCUUCCUCCGCAGCAGGAGUACUGCGUUCCGAUGGAAUUGCCGCCACUUCUGGUGCGGCGCGAGAAACUCCAUUUCGCGGUUUUGGCGAAACUCCAAGACUUGUGUUUGAAGAUCAAAGGCCACGCCUCUCGCGUCCGAAUAACCAAUCGAAUCAAACGCUUCCGCGGCCUCGAAGUCAAUCACUUGGAAAAGUUGUGUCACUCUUUGCGCCACUAUUUGCUGGAAACGGGUCUCUCGAGCGUCGAAUGCGACCAUUUGUUGGCCAACUGUCGCAAUAUUCUCCUCAAACACUUCGGCGACGACACGACGACAGUGACGUCACUGACGACGUCGUCGUGCACUCAUUGAACGCUAUAUUUAUUGCCAAUAAUUAACUCAAAUCUCAUUCAACACACGAAUAAUAAAAUUGCAUUUAAUUAAUGAAACGAAUAAA